AUGGCUCGCCUGCUCCGAUCUUUGUCACGCGUCCUAGGAUUGGGAUCGACUCCGUCAACGCCGACGGCAGCCCUUCCGAAGUCGUACCCACGCUCCAUCGACACAAACUUCUCCGUCUUCAGAGAGGGCGACAGAGUCAUCAUCCAUGGCAAGCAUCCGCUCUUGUCCAAGCCUCUUACCAAGGGGGAGCGGACGGAGGUCCGCCGCGGAGUUCUCCAGCAUGACGACAUCAUUGGGAAGCGGGUGAGGGAUCUGGUGAAAGCGCACAAGGGACCAGAGUACCGGCUCAGCCUUCCCACGCUCGAAGAAUAUAUCCUCUACACGCCCCGUCUGGUCACUCCGAUUUACGCAGCAGAUGCCAACUUGAUCGUCUCCCUCCUUGACAUUCAUGUCACACAUCCGACCGAAGGCGAGGCUGACCAACCGCCCCUAGAGAUCCUCGAAGCUGGUACUGGCCAUGGUUCCCUGACUCUGCACCUCGCCCGAGCCAUCCACGCCGCCAAUUCUAACCCUCCACCUAUACCGGAGAGAUCUCAAGUUCGUGCUUUGCGAAACCGGACAAUACGACCGGAUGCUAAGGACGAGGAAAAGGCCAUUGAGAAGGAGUCUGAAGGCCAUGGCGACGAUCCAAUACAACAACAAUGGGACGCGUGGCGUGCACAGCGCAGGGCAGUGAUCCAUACGGUGGAUGUAUCGGCCAAGUUCUCCGCCCACGCGGAGAAGAUUGUACGCGGCUUCCGGCGCGGCAUCUACGCUGGGAAUGUUGAUUUCCAUGUUGGACACGUCGAGGAUUGGAUCGCAGACCAGAUACAACAACGCCAAAAUGCCACGGGGGUGUUCAGUGGGUUGCUGUCUGGUCGAAAAGGCCCAGCUGUCGAGCCAUUUCUAUCCUAUGCCAUCCUGGACAUGCCCUCUGCUCAUCUGCGCAUUCCCCAUGUGGCGCCCGUCUUGCGACGGGACGGCAUCCUAGCUGUCUUCAUGCCCAGCAUCACGCAGAUUGGCGAAUGCGUUCAACUCAUCCGUCAACAGAGGUUGCCCUUUAUCCUGGAGCGGGCCGUCGAGCUGGGGACAGGACUCAGCAGCGGCCGCUUGUGGGAUGUGCGAAUGGCGGUAAAAAAGUCUCGUGCCGACCCAACUUCUUGGGACUCCAACACAUCGAGUGAAUCCUCCCAAUCACCACCAACAUCAUCAGACGAAGGGCUGCCGCAGGAGACCGGCAGCGAAACGGAAGAUGCGACAUCCAGCCCUGAAGAAACGACAGCAAAGGACGAUAACAGCGUCCUGGUCUGCCGACCCAAAGUCGGACUGAGGAUCGUCGGUGGUGGAUUCGUCGGUAUAUGGAGAAGAAUUGAAGAUAAGAGCUAA